AGUUUUUGGUUUGAUUAUUUUGACAGUUCAGUUGUCAAUAAACACUGUAGGGAGUGGGACGGUGUGUGUUAAUUUUAAUAAUUUAUUUUUCUGUAAUAUGUUGAUUUUUAAGUGUGGGCUUGUUAUACUAUCUUCAACAUUUAUACUAUCCCUUUGUUUUCAAGUUGCGCAAGAGACGAAUUCCUUGGACACUGGCCUUGCUUUUUUGUACCUAGCCAGCGGAGUAAUAGCUGGGAAAAUCAUAUAUGACAGAUACCAGCAAAUACAUAUUCUAGGCUCACUAACACCAAACCCAAAUGUGACUUCGUUUGCGAAUAGGAUUGCUUCCUUCUCAGCCUCCCUCCUGUCUGCGGGCUUCCUCGUUUAUUUAUUUCUGUUCUUGUUCAAGGUGGAUAACCAAUGCAUAACUGCAUUGAAUAUUUUUAUAUGUGGAUUUGGAACUUUAUACUUAUGGAUGCAGUGCAUUAUAACAACUUACGCAUCCACGCUGUAUUAUGACAAGAACUUGUCAGUGCUUCGACAAUGUCUGGCCAACCUGAGCUUCCUACUUCUAAUUGUAAUGGCGAUAUUCGGCACCAUCACCUCGUUUUUGCCUAGAGGUGGUUCCAGUGGAGUUUAUCUAUGUCUUCUAAUCACGUCUUUAUGUGGCUACAUGCUGGCAGCAAUAUUUUGUGUAUUUAUAUUGUCUUUCGAGAAAGAAUACGAGUAUUUUUCAGAGGGCUUACGAUCCGACAUGUUGCUCGACGACGACUGCCUGAGCAACGCGUCGCUGGCCGACGUGGACAGCCUGUACGGCACCCAGGAGUUCGCAGCCAGCGCCGUCAUAAAGGGCAGCCCGGCCCGCGCCCGGGCCUCCUGACCCGCGGCCGUGCCCCCACAGGGCACGCCCCUCCAGCCGUCUGCCCUAACUCCAAACUCACCUUUUUACGGCAGUUUUGGUAGUACGACCAUUAAAGCACCGAACGAUAACGAAACAAACGAAGUGGACAACGACAGUGGCAUGUCGUCCGAAGAAAACGACGACUCGCUAAAAUUGUUACUGAGUGCUUCUAACCUAAAAUUAAGUUCAAAUUUAAAAAACGAAGUAAUAAAGUGCCUAUCCAGUGAACCUCAAUGUGCUCAGCGCUGGAAUGAGAUUCCGUGUUGUUCGAACAAUGUUACUAAUGUAAGUGUUAUUAAUGAAGUUAAAACCGGGCUACACCUGGGCGGAGACAGUGACUUGGCGAUCGGGAAAAGUGAUAAAAUCGUUUCGGACUUUAUUGUGAUAGAUCUGACAUGUGAUGUCAAUAAUGUUCGUGAGUCUGGUAAGCGCGAGAAGAAGGUUG